AUGAAAGCUCUCAAGAUCCAGUUAAAACCUCUUUCUGUCUCGUCGAAGUCUCAAGCUGAGGUCUCUCAAGAAGAAAUUAAUAAAUUAUUUGCUGCUGACGAUGGGGGAACGAAGUCAGCCGCACCAUUAACUCGUAGAAAAGGUGGCUAUAGUAUGAAUCGAGUUGAGUUGAUAGGAGGUAUUGCUAACGAUGUAAGAGUGCGGACAGGAAAGAACGGCAAAGAAUUUGUAGGAAUAACUUUGGUUACAAACCGUGCCUUCCGUUCUUCUUCCGGGGAACUCUUGGAACAGGGACCAGAAUUCCAUUCCGUUGUUUUCUUUGUCGGCAUUGACUUAGCAAAACGCGAGCUUUCAAAAGGUAAACGGAUUUAUUUAAGCGGCAGGUUACAUUACACGCCAGUUAUUCUGGCUGAUGGGACGAAGUCGAAUCGGGCUACGGUUGUAGCAGACAAUUUCCAUGUCAUUCAUCAAACGAGUAGGGCAAGUGCUGAAGAGGACUUCACUGUUGAUGACAGUCUCUUGAAGAAUAAGAAGCAGAAGACAUUCGAUUUCCAUGAGGCAUCAGAGACGGCACGCAACCGCCGUGAGCAGAAGGAGGUGUGGGAAUGUGGUUGCUGUUUUGCUGGGAAUCCGGGAUCAGAUGGUUCUUCGCGCGAACGGAGCGCGUCAUGCAAUUGCUGCAAGAUAAGCCCGUCAUCAUGUCCCGUUUUGAAUCCUAGGAAGGAUUUUACCCUGAAGGACCUGUACACAGGACAGUUGAGCCUGAAGGAUCAGAGAGUCUAUCGUUCAAAUGAUAAGUUUGGGAGUGCAUCUAAACUUCGAAAAAUGCAUAGAAACAAAGAAGUUGAAAGCAUUCGUUCGCCACCAGAGAAUAUGCACGGAGAAGUUGCCACAAAUCUGGACUGUAUUGCUGUGUGUAAUUGUUCCACUCCAAACGUCACCGCUGGAGAAAGCUUAAGAUUUGGAGAAACUACUGUACUGGUAAAAGUCGUACAUGUGACGUGGUUUUUGCUAAGGAUUCUUCAGAUAAAGUCAGCUAAAAUUGAUCCUUCUUUACUAUGCACGCAAAUUUUUGGUAUUGAAUUAUACACAGAACUGAGAAACACUUCCGUAUGUAUACUGUUCGAAGAGAUUUGCAGAGAAAUUGGUAGCCGUCAGUCACGUCUAUCACUGAUGUAUAUCCUUAAUUUACGCAUCCCUAAGAGAGUGGUCAAAAAUGUUGGCGGUCUAAUAAGAAAUGCUGUGACUUAUGGGCAGUUCCGAUCGUAUUUACGAGCAGUGCUUCUGUUCCUCCUUCCAGUUAAAAUUCUUGGAAAGGCGAAUUUUUUAACUGUUAUUGAUGCUGCAGCAAAGAAUCUUUUUAAUCUUUGCAGGCAUGAAGCGAUCUGGCCGAAAAAAAUUUUUUUGAGAUGCUUAAAGAUCUCAAAAGUGGAUUGGCUACGGGUAGUUCGAAAUUUUGCAAUUAAAAGUACUCUUUUCCAGAGGGUUAUAGCGUGGAUAAUAUGGAUUGCCGCUGCUGUUACGAGAGCAACAUUCUAUGUUACGGAGGACAGUUCGAGAAGCACACUUGUUUUUUACCGGAAGGAUAUUUGGAGGAAGAUUGAAACAGAAGAAUUUCAAAGGCUUCAAAAACUACGCGACAUUGCCCUUGUGGAAGAUCGUUUCAAAACUGGAAAAUAUUUUCGAUCUUGGUUACGAUUCGCCCCCAAACAGUACUGUACGAGGCCGAUAAUGAUUCCAUCAAAAAGCACAGAUGAAAGACGUCUAGAGAAAACAUUGAUGAAAAAGGUGAUUGGCCUCAUAGAUAAAGUAUCCACAGAGCAAAGAAGGUUCAAUAGAUUGCCUUUGAAAGGAGCUGCAAUUUGGGGUGCUCUUUACAUCAUUUCCUUUUGUCUUGUGAAAAUUUUUUGUUCCUGCAUCAUUGCAGCUUGCGACAGUUUCUUCCGCCGAGUGCGAAAUUUUGCAAAACAUAAUCGGCAAAAGGAGAUUUUUGUCGUGAAAACAGAUCUUUCUAACUGCUUUGACCGGAUAAAUUUGUCAAAGCUGCGCGAAGUUCUAGAGACGGUAGCCAACCCGAAAAGGUUCUAUUUUAUUCGCAGGGAGAUAGCUCGUUAUAACGCGGCUUCGCUUAGUCGUAUGGAUUCUGAAAUAAGUCGUGGCACUUGGGAAGACGCUAUUAAAAUUAUUCAGGACACCAUAGUCAACCGAUUGAUAAUAUUCAAUAAUCGGACUUAUAUUGCUCAUCGUGGCAUACCUCAAGGCAGUGCUGUAUCAACGCGGCUCUGUGAUUUGUAUUUGGGUGCUAUGGAGCGAGAUUUUUUUAAUUCAGUGCUCAAGAGUCCGGAUGCCUUAUUGAUCCGCUAUGUAGAUGAUUAUCUUUUGUUGACCACUGACCAGAAGUUAGCAGAGGAGCAUGAUGUUUUUCAGUUCCUUUUACACCUCUUAGACGGAGUUGGCUGCAGGUAUGAUAUGAAAGCAGAUCCUACAAAAACUCAGAUUAAUUUCAUUUCUGCGGCGUUAGCAAAAUAUCAGCAUUUAUUGGAAAUUGUUGAGCCUGACGGCUGCGUGGUUUGGUGCGGUUACGAGGUUUAUCCGAAAACCCUAAGGAUAUCAAUUGAUAGGAGGAAGAGAAGUCACGGAUUUUUUCUUCAAAGUAUUCAACAUAUAAGAGGCUCAAGAAUGAAACGCAAAGCAAUUAUGCGAUACACUCGAGCAGCUUUAUAUGGAAGAAGUUAUGUGUUGUCUCAUACAAAAAAUGACGAGUGGAGAGAUCGGACUCUCAGGGAUUUAGCUCGUUUCGGUUACGAAACAUAUGGACUGCCUCUUGCCAAAAAGCUUGGAUUGAAUAUGAAGGUAGAGUUUGUAAACAAGAAAAGUAACACAGUUUGA